GCUCACUUGCUGAGGGCCAUAGCCUGGAGCUGUUAAGGUGGCAAAGCCAGGGCCUCACUACGCCACGAUGGAGGCCUGAGGCUCUGUCAGCCGAGGCUGCCUGAUGUGUCAGGGCCUGGCUGUGGCAGAGUGCUGCAGCCUCUGAACGCCAUUGGCCAGCACGAGCUCAGCCCGUGCUGCUCACCCCAGCCCCCUCGGUGGGCUUUGCCGCGUGCCCUCACCUUGGCAGAGGCUGCAAGGCCUCUACCUGUCAUUUGCCAAGCUAGACACGGUAGUGGAGCAGGCGCUGCCUGGCCCCGACCAUGUCUUGCAUUCACUACAAGUUCUUCUCCAAGCUGAACUAUGAUACGGUCACCUUCAGUGGCCUCGACAUCUCCCUUUGCGACCUCAAGUGCAAGAUCAUGCGCAAGGAGAAGCUGAAGGCAGCCAACUGUGAUCUGCAGAUCAGCAAUGCCCAGACCAAAGAAGAAUACACAGAAGAUGCCCUGAUUCCUAAAAACUCAUCAGUAAUUGUCAAAAGAAUCCCUGCUGGAGGAGUUAAAGCUACCGGCAAAACAGAUGUUCCGGCUCCUCAGUCACACAAAAUCCCUGGAGCAGCUUCUUUCAGAAGUCGAACUGAGCCAGCGAGCAGAACAUCAGAAGCAAACUUGAAUAUGCGUUUAUUUUUUGCUGAACAGAUGAAUGAUGAGCCUUCUGCGUCUGUUUCUCUGGCCCAGCUUUUAAAGACUGCCAACCUGGCUGAAGCCAAUGCUUUCGAAGAAGAUAAAAUAAAAGCCAUGAUGAUACAGUCUGUGCAUCAAUAUGAUCCAGACAAGCAAGCGAAGAAGCCCUUGGGUACACCUCUACCAUCGUACAUUUGCUUUCACUGUGGAAAACCUGGCCACUAUAGAAAGGACUGCCCAAGAAAUGGGGACAAAAAUGUCCAGUCUGUUCCCAGACUGAAAAGGAGCACAGGAAUUCCAAGUAGUUUCAUGAUAGAGGUGAAAGAUCCCAACACGAAGGGUGCAAUGCUGACAAACACUGGCAAAUAUGCAAUACCGGUUAUUAAUGCGGAAGCUUAUGCUAGAGGAAAGAGGGAAAGGCCUCCAUUUUUACCAGAGGAGCCAUCCUCCUACUCUUCUGAUGGUCCUAUUCCGGAUGAGCUGUUAUGUCUCAUUUGUAAAGAUAUAAUGACUGAUGCAGCUAUUCUUCCCUGCUGUGGAAGCAGUUAUUGUGACGAAUGUAUUAGAACGGCAUUGCUGGAGUCUGAGGAAUAUACAUGCCCAGCGUGUCAUCAGACAGAUGUUCCUCCUGAUGCUUUAUUUGCCAACCAGAGCCUACGCCAGGCUGUGAACAACUUCAGAAAUGGAGCUGGCUACACAAAAAGGCUCCGUAAGCAGAUUCAGCAGCAGCAGCAGCCGCCACCACCUGCAGCACCACUCACGACUGUUAUCCCUCCUGCUGCUUUGGUGACUGCCGCUGAACUGCCUCCAUCUUCCUCUCUGUCAAUCCGCAGCUUGUUGGAAGAGAAGAGCUCUCAAGUUCCUGUACGAAGACAGCUAGUGCUACCAAGUCUUCUGGGCUCCCAAGGGCAAUCGGUACCCACAGCUGGUAAGUAAUGAUAGCUUUAGAACUUGUGUUAAAAAAUUACCUUCAUAUAAGCUGAACGGGCCUUUUUUCUUUUUCUUCUCCCCUCUCCAAAAGGUCCUCCGAGGGCAGACAGUGCCAUCCACGCACCAGGUGCCAGAACAAGCUGUGAACUGUAAGUGUGCUAUAGAAAUUCAAUAUGUAACUACUGGUAACCUAGGCUGUAACGUAUGACUUAGACAACAGCUGAUCGAUAAUCAAAUAAGUGUGCACAGAGAGCUGCGGGGAAUACAACUGGUAACUGAUUUUUAAAUGGCUCAGUCUGAAUUGCCUAUAAGAAAGGGGAUGCGUGCUUGCAGCAAGAUUAUUUCAACUAAAACUCUGGUACAUGAUUAAAAAGAAGACUGAAAGAAGGAUGCUUUUUGAGACAACCAUUAGUACAUAUAAAAAUUACAUACAAUGAAAGAAUCAGAUGGAAAGCUUUGGAUUACUGGCUGAGUAGGGCUGAAGAAAUGGGGUUUUCAGUAGAAAUCAGCGUCCAACAUUCUUGUUCUAACAACGUAGUUGAUACUGAUUGAGGCAGUUCUUGGAAAAAUCAGUGCUGUCGUUUUAUGACAAUUCUGAAUUGUUUCCACUUAGUCAUCUCAAACGGCCAAGCUGCUUUCUCUCAGUUGGAGAGAGAACAGCCUGUUUCUGCGUCACGUUAGUCCUUCGUUUUGGUAUAGAUUUGUUACAGAUAGCUUUUCUG